ACGAAUCAUCGUGAGAAUAGAGAUGUUUUGGAUCGAGGCGGACGAGGAGGAGGAGGCGUUGCUAUGCAGCCCCGCUCUGAUGGCCAGGCGGGCCUCAGAAUCCUGGAUCGUAGCACCUCCAGUGGAGGCGAUGCCAGUAGCGGCAAUGCCCUUUCAACGAAAGAAGUCACUGCCGGACGUAGCACAGCCGAUCCAGCUCACGGCCACCUCACCAUUGUCGAGGGAAGAAGUCAGUUUUCUGAGCAGUAUGAGGAGAGAGGAGAUCCGCAGGCAAGUCGACGAGAGCGAGAGGCUCAGAGCAAACCCGCUUUUGUACCUGGUCAGUCCGCAGGUUAAAGACUGGUUCUCCCGCCAGCAGCUCGUGAUGCUGGUGCUCUUCAUCAACAUAUCUCUAGCUUUGAUGUUCUUCAAACUGCUGACGUAGCAGCCAGCCGACGAUCGGGUUCACGGACUCGUGAACGUGGACGUGACCUGAGACCUGGUGGCGCCGUGACACUUUGGGUCGUCACCGAGCCAGAAUUUCGAAGGGAAACGGCAAUGUGGCCGCACCAAGAAUCGCCGGGAAUGGCUUUCACCAGCGGUUCAUUCAGUCUUACGCGCCGCGGGCGCUACGUUAAGAGAGGAAAUCUUUGAAUUGGGACCGACGAAAAGGAGACUCGAAGAGGAUCAAUCUCGGCGGAGAUUUUGUCGCGCGAAGGCGGCCGUAUAGUCGAAUUUCGAGCGAUCGCGAAAAUCUAAGUAGAUGAGUAAAUAGAGGGAGCAGCAUUGAGGCGAGAAAAUAUCUCCGAGAUAUUUUCGAAGAGAUUUAAAAUGGAUUUAUCUUUGAAUAUUGUAAAUUAAAAAGGACUUAAGCUUCAAAAGAAACAAUAAAAGAAAAAGUUCAACAGGGAUUUGAAAGAAUUUGAAUGAUGAGUGGAAUUCUCAAAGAUCUUUUGUAAAAUAAGAAUACUUGUCUAUGACAAAAGUUUUCUGACAAAGCGUUUUAGACAUUUGCCGCUUAGACCCUUUUUAAUUGGCAGGCUAAUAUUUAUUGGUCAAAAAUUUUGGAGAAAAAAAAAUGAUGAAACACCUAAGCGCAGUUUGUCAUUUGCGCGAGAGGGAAACAUCAACAAAUCUUUUGGAAACGGGGAGUAUGUACUCCCGCAACGCCUGUGUAUCAUACCUAUUUUUACACCAAAUACUUUAAUAACGCUACUUGUAAGAGUAGGUCGAGCCCUUUCGGGCGGGCCAUCGAUCGAUCGUAUCCGAUGUACGAAUCUUCUUCUCUAGUCAUAAUUUUCUCUUUUCUGACGAUCGGCUCGAGCGCAGUAAUAGCGACGAUCGAAUUGUACACGAUCGACUUUUUAACGAGUCAGCCGCUUGUCGACCACUUCUAAUUAAGACUGGCGCUGUCGAAUUUAAAGCGGUAUAGGUAUAGGUACUCAGCGGUAUAGUUGAAUCAUCCGAAUCGUACUUACGGCUAUUUCCUUAAAAGUAGAGAUUGUUAUACUUAGCAAUGAUCGUAAUUGUAGCCGUGGUGCCGUGCGCGUAAAGAUUCGCUAACGCGCAUCCGAGCAUUUAUAACGUUCCACAACGAUUAUACGGUAAACUAAGGCGUAAGUUUAUAAACAGAAGAGACAUAGAGAGUUGUCAUACUUUAGAGAGUCGUCGAACUUUUACAAGCCCUGCGGGAUUAUAGUUACAAUUACUAUCGUUGAAUGUCGAUGAUUGAGAUUUGAAUCCAUCGUAUCUUGUCUAGAAUUACGAAGUUUCCCGAUAACGAAAUAUGAAUAUGUCAACCUGAAUAUGAACCUGCGCACAAAUUGAAAGAAACAUUUUCGCUACGAAUAUGAAGGCCGCGAAGCGCAGCACCUAUGAAUAAUACACGUAAUGCAUAAAGCAUAAGAAAACUGAUCAGAGUCUUUCAUUUCAAAAAAGAAAAGAAAGGAAAUGAAGGACUUUGGUUGAUUCAUUUUCUCAUACAUUAUGCGUUAUGCGAAACUCUGUACUUCCGCUCUUCUUCUCACCUUUCGGUGUGAGAUCGAAGGUUGACGUGCGCUUGUUUUUCCUGAAACAACGACACGAAGAAUUGACAUUGUUUUCUCUGAAACGCUUUUUUCUACGUCUAAGAAAAAUAUUAGCGCUAAAAAUGCGAAUGAUUCAUAUCGUAACAAUCGCGCGCACGCAAUCGCGAUAACAUCAUUCAUCGAGACGCAAAAUCGCAAUCUCUGUAACUGUAUAUACAAGUGAUUCUUAUCGACUGAACUAGUGUCCAGUCUGCCACCAAAUUUAGAAGCAAAUUAAACAUGACUUUCGAUAAAAUCUUGUGGACGUCUCGAGAAAGAAGAUAAUCAUCCCAUGACUAUUAUUCGACACGUAAAACUAGUAUCAAACGCUCUUUGAUCCAUGAUAUCGGCGGUUCGCUGACGUUUAUCUCGUAUUUCGCGAAAACGCACAAAUCGCGAGAGAGUUAUCUCUCGUAUUCCUUCUCACUAUUUCGCGACAGAUCGACGAUCGGCCUUCCUGCGCUCGAGCGACCGUAUUUUUUCUAGCCUCGAGGGCAUAGCUUGUAUAUCUCUAGGUAAAUUUGUAAAUAAUCAUGUAAACGCCGAUUGUGUGCGAUUGCAGACUUUGUUCACAAUACGCGAUACCGUUCUCGCGUGAUCUCGGAUACAAUUUGGCCGGAAAGCGAGGACUACCGAUAGUCGAGAUCACUUUUUAACUCGAAGGAUCUCACUUUGGUUCAUAGCGAAACUAAGCUUCUCUCUUAUUCCUCUGCUUUGACAGUGCCAAUGACGUAGCCAGUGUACUUCCGCGAGGAUAAAUUUGAUCGGCGACAUAUAUGCAUUCGCGUUCAAAUUAUGCUCCAAAUCCGAAAAUAUUGGUUCAAACGCGAACACGUGACUCGAAGUUAAUAUAAUACGUUCGAUUAAGAUGCAACGGGAUGAUAUUUUCGACGCUAUCCAUAUUGAAAUUGCGAAGAGCACAAAAAAAAGAAAUUAUUUUUGUCUGUCAUUUCGCUAAGUAAAUCGAACGAAUCCAUUUACAGGAUUACAAAAUUAAUGCUGGGUUUACAUCUGGCAUCUAUCUCUUGAUGCACGUUUGUGUCUGACUGUAACGGUUAAUUUAUUAUAAAUAAUUUCUUUCUAAUAUUCAAUAAUAAAACAGGAUAUUAAAUUGAGAGAAAUAUCGAAUAAAAAUGUCAAAAGUAAAGCCAGUAUAAAAAAUGAGUGAAAUAUUCUUAAAAAAAAUAGGGUCACGUAGGCAAAAAGAACCGAAAAGAGGAUGCAUAGGCAUACGAAAUAAGUUGAAUGUUCCAGCUUAGAAGAAAAGGACCGAUGGCUUUUUGUCACGAGGUGCAUUCGCAUAGAUACUCUACCUAUUACGCACAUUCGUCGUUGCGGGUCAUGCAUUGUAUAUAUAUUGCUAUUAUAUAUAUAAAAUUUAUUAGUUAGUUAGUAACCGGAGAGAAACUAGAAACGAUUUGAUAUUGAACGUUGGGGGAAAACAUCCAUCGGGAACAAGAGGAGAUUGGAGUCGUGAAAGGAACGAGGCGAGGGUAAUUUUUGUCACCGAACAAACCAUAUCACUUAAUCAAAGGAAAUUUACGCGAUUCGUAUUGUUUUAUUUAUCGAAUGGGAAAAUUUAUUUCGCAAUUUACGGUACGAUAUCAUAAUAUGUAUAUAUUAUGAUCACGCAUAUAUACAUACAUAAGAGCAUAUGUAUAUUUUACUUGUUAUAUCUCUUGACUAUUAUCGUAAUUAGGGCGCAUAUCCCGUUAUUAUUGUAUAUUAUUAUCAUUAUUACUAUUAUAUUAUUAAUUAUUAUUUGGAUUAUUAUUAUCAUUAUUAUUGUUAUUAUCCUAUUGAAAAAAAAAAAUACGAAUAUUUAAAACAAAACAUGAACGUGGGAGAAAUUUUGGUACUUUGGAAAAUGCGAUAAUGGAACCUGAGGCCCAUUGCCAUUGUUAAUUUGCGCAAACAAUGAUUCAAUAAACUUGUAUCAUAACAGAUAAAA